AUGGAGAAACUUGCCCUCGCCCUCAUCAAUGCAGCCAGAAAGUUACGCCCGUACUUCCAGUCGCACCAAGUGAUUGUUCUCACCAACUAUCCCCUUAAACAAAUAUUGAGAAGUCCCGAGACUCUCGGGCGAUUAGCUAAGUGGGCUAUAGAGCUAAGUGAAUAUGGGGUUGAGUUCAAACCACGCCCAGCCAUCAAAGCUCAAAUCCUAGCAGACUUUGUAGUAGAGAUGACUACAUCGGAGGAGAGCACCUCCAUACCCACUUGGGCCAUCAAUGUCGAUGGAUCAUCCACCGCUACAGGAGGAGGCGCGGGUAUUGUAUUAACAAGCCCAGAUGGAGAUGAAUUCGAGUAUGCUCAACGGUUUGAUUUCAAAGCUUCCAAUAAUGUAGCCGAAUAUGAAGCUUUGAUCGCUGGUCUCCGCCUCGCUUUGGCAGCUGGAGCUCGCAAACUCAUAGUACACAGCGACUCCCAGUUAGUGGUCAACCAAAUCCUUGGGAACUAUGAAGCCAAAGAAGAAUCCAUGGCAAAAUACCUUGCUCUUGCACUUACCCUCCUCUCAAAAUUGGAUAGCUACGAGAUAAAGCAAGUACCGAGAGCCAACAAUAUUGAUGCAGACAAGUUAGCUAGACUUGGUAGUUCCAUGGCAAGCAUUGGAAGCCGGAAAAUUACCCUCCUCACGUCUUCCCAACCAGAAAUAGUCUCCACCAACGGAGUGAAUUGCGCUGAAGAGAGCGAACCCUGUUGGAUCACCCCCAUUACAAACUAUCUCAAAAGCGGGGAACUUCCGACUGACAUUGCCCAAGCGAAGAAAAUAAAGGUAAGGGCGGCCCGUUUCCUAAUGAUAGGUGAAGAUCUCUACAAGCGAGGGUUCUCCUUCCCAUAUCUUAAAUGCCUUAACCCAUCAGCAGCAGACUACGUGCUUAGGGAAGUACAUGAAGGCAUUUGUGGUAAUCAUUUAAGUGGAAGAAACUUAGCUCUCAAAAUAUUGAGACAAGCAACAGGAGGACGCAAGUUCCUCAUUGUAGCUGUAGAUUACUUCACCAAGUGGGUAGAAGAAGAACCUUUAGCUCGCAUUCGAGAAGAAGACGUCAUCCAAUUCCUUUGGAAGAACAUCGUGUGCCGCUUCGGCAUUCCCCGUUCCAUUAUUUCGGACAAUGGAACACAAUUUUGUGGAGACAAAGUCAAGAGUUGGUGCCUUGGAUUAUCUAUUAAGCAAUUCUUCACUUCGGUUGCUAACCCCCAAGCAAAUGGUCAAACGAAAGUAACCAAUCGCACGAUACUUCAACAUCUCAAGACAAGGCUGGGAAGUGCCAAGGGAAAGUGGGUUGAAGAAUUACCCAAUGCUCUGUGGGCAUAUCGAACAACCCCACGAACAGCAACAGGAGAAUCCCCAUUUAACCUAGCUUUCGGAACAGAGGCUGUAGCACCCGUCGAGAUUGGCGAACCCUCUUGGAGAGUCAUCAAUUAUUCACAAGAGGCAAAUGAAGAAGCAAUGAGAGCUAACCUCGAUCUUGUCGACGAACUAAGAGAGAUUGCCUCCAUCCGACAACAAAUGUACAAGAGUCGCAUGGCGAAAGCUUAUAACUCUAAGGUCCGCCCUCGCUCUUUCCAAAUAGGAGAUUUAGUUCUCCGCAAAGCCGAAGCCUCACGCCCAAUCGGUAAACUCGACCCGAAGUGGGAAGGACCAUAUAAAAUUACGCAACUGGUCAACAAUGGAGCAUAUCGUCUCGAUAACCUCGACGGACACCCUAUACCCAGAACUUGGAAUAUAGGGAAUCUCAAAAGGUUCUACGCUUGA